CAACAAGGAGCUUGAGUUCUGGCUGCAGCUGUGUUCCUCUCACGGUUCCUUCUACAGAAAAGCAGAACCUGAAUACAAAUCAACACCUUGAGGACGUCAGCAAUGAUCUCCACCGUGAUCUGCAGCAGAGAGACGCCACGAGACGUUCAGUGCAACAGUCACGUGAGGAGCCCCGUCAGGCUCGAGCCUCGCAGGAACUCCAUUCCCCCGACGCAGACUCUCAUCGCCAAACAUCUGCUGGCAUACCUGCCGCGACCACAGUCAGAAUCACUCCGCUACACUCCUUACACUCACAAGGCUACAGCUAAAUCCAGUGUAUCUGCCAUGAUGACCACACAAAGAGCUUCCCUCAUCCACAACUUGAACUAUUCUAAGUGCUCAUCACUGUCCGAGGAGGCCUCUCCCUCCCAGAGUCCCUGCAGCCAGUCCUCUCAUGCUUUCUCUCCGGCAGAGCACGAGCCCAACCUGCCACACAUCAUCCAAGCAGCUCCUCUGGAACCAGUAGAAGAAGAGACGCCGAAGCCUCGAAGUUCACGUCACAACAGACAACUCAAGCGUUUCAGCUCCAGGUGGCAAUCGAGAGGCUCCACUUGCAGCAGCAACAUUCCCGUCCCUGCGAUCGAGAAGCUGAACGGUGCAAAGAGUCACAAGAAACGCUGUAAGCUGCUGGGCGACGACCACUCGUUGCACGUCACCGCCAGCAACCAACGCCAGCGUUAUAUCACCAAGGAUGGCAAGUGCAGGGUCAAUCUGGGACGCAUUGUAGAAAGGAGUCGCUUCCUCUCUGAUAUUUUCACCACAUUAGUGGACCUCAAGUUCUGCUGGUUCCUUCUCGUCUUCACUAUGUGCUACAUUCUCACAUGGGUGGCCUUUGGUGGGAUCUACCUCUUCGGUGCCUGGUUGCGUGACGACAUUGCACAUGUUCACGACCCGCAGUGGAAGGCGUGCUUCCAAAAUGUAGACAGUUUCCUUUCGGCCCUGCUGCUGUCGUUAGAGAGCCAGAGGACCAUCGGGUAUGGCUCCAGGAUGGUGACCGCUAACUGCCCUGAGGGUACGGUGAUCCUGAUGGUCCAGUCCAUCCUCGGCUCCAUCAUCGACGCUCUGAUGGUGGGCUGCAUGUUCGUUAAAAUCUCCCGGCCACAGCAGAGAGCCCAGACGCUGAUCUUCAGCAAGCACUGCGUCAUAUGUGAGCGUGACGAGAAGCUGUGCAUGCUCUUCCGCAUCGGGGAUCUGAGAGCGAGCCACAUGGUGGAUGCCAAGAUCCGGGCCAAGCUCAUCAAGUCCAGGCAGACCAAGGAGGGCGAGUUCAUCCCACUGGAGCAGUCGGAAAUCAAUCUGGGCUACGACACCGGGGGAGACCGGCUGCUCCUGGUGGAGCCGCAGACCAUCACCCACGUCAUCAAUGAAAGCAGCCCUUUCUGGGAGGUGGGGUCCGAACAUUUGAAGAGGGAGACCUUUGAGAUCAUUGUCAUCCUGGAGGGCAUCGUGGAAGCAUCGGGUAUGACGUGCCAGGCGAGGACGUCCUACACAGAGGACGAGGUCCUCUGGGGUCACCGAUUUGAGUCGUGCAUUUCCUUGGAGAAGGGGGCUUUUCGUGUGGACUACAGUGCAUUUCACAAAACCUUUGAAGUCCAAAUGUCCCUACUCAGCGCAAAAAACAGCAGCACUGCAAAGGAAAAAGAAGUUGUAUUUUAGAAAAUGUUGGCUAAAUAAACCGUCCUUGUUUCUCUACAUGAGCAUAUAAU